CAACGUGCAUGCGCAGUGCGGGGAAGUGUGGACUGGGAGCAGUGGCUGCUGGUUGUGUAGAUGGUAGAAGUCACUGAACUGUCAUCCAUGCGCUAGGAGAUCAGCGCUAUCCACUCAGUGUGGGAGCCGCCUUACUCAUAUCAUGGCUGCUAAUGAGGACCAAGAGAUGGAGCUGGAAGCUCUUCGGUCUAUCUAUGAAGGUGAUGACAGUUUCAAGGAGCUCGGGCCCACAGUUUUCCAGUAUCGGGUUGGUGAUGUGGGGGACUCCAAGGCUUUUUUGUUUGAAAUAUCCUGGCCAGAAACCUAUCCAGAAACUGCACCUAAUAUAUCCAUGAAUGCAUUUUUUAACAAUCAGAUCUCCCCACCUGUCAAACAGGGCAUUACAAACAAGUUACAAGAGCAGGCGGAAGCCAACCUCGGUACAGCCAUGACUUAUACUUUAUUUGAGUAUGCCAAAGACAAUAAGGAUGAGUUUAUGGAACAUCACCAGCCAUUUAACAACAGUAUAAUGUUAGCAGGAAGUGACGGCGCCUUAGAACCAACAAACCUAACUCUAUCUAGUAAGAAAAAAGAUAAAAAGGAGCAGUUGACAAAAGCACAAAAACGUAAACUAGCAGACAAAACAGAUCAUAAAGGUGAACUGCCACGGGGAUGGAACUGGGUUGAUGUUAUUAAGCAUCUUGCUAAGACCGGCACCAACGAAGAGGAAUAGAAAAGAAGAGAGAUCUUGCAAGGCUUCAUAACAUGGUUACUGUUCAUCUUCUCUCUAUUUUUUAUUUUACUGAAGUAAUUUAUUAAAGAGGCCACAUUUUAUAAGUGAAGCCCGUUUUUGUAGGCUUCCUGUUUAAUAAAAGGUGCAGUGUUUGUUGUAAAUU